UUUAAGAAAAAAAUAUCUAAAUUUACCUCUCUUGAAAACUGGAAUUUAUUCACGAAUCCUAGAAAUUCCAUUCAGAAGGAGAAGGAGAAGAAGAACAAGAAAAAGAAAAAAAAGAGCUUCUUUCUCAAGCUCCAUCCCAAUUUCAGCUAUGGUGGUUUUCAAAACCCUAGCUUUUCUAUUCGUUUUAUGCUUCAAGAUUUACGAAACCAUGGCUGCUGCAGAUGGAAAUUCCUCGAUUUCGUUUAGUGGGUUUGUGAAAUCUCCAGGCUUUGACAAGAAUGUUGGUCUGUUUGGAGACUCGAAGCUCGUUAAUGGUGGUUCAUCGAUUCAAUUGACUGGCUCAGUGAGCCGAAGCCAAGGGCGAGUCAUUUACAUUAAACCCAUCAAACUAUUCCAAGGUAAAGAGAGGAACUUUUCGGGAUCAUUCUCGACUAAUUUCUCGUUUUCGAUGUCCUCCAAAGAGAUUGGUAGUGUCCUGGCUUUUGUAAUGGUUCCAAGUGCUUUGGAUCUUAGGUUGUUUGGUAGAAAGGAUAACACUUCCUCUGGUCUAGGGUUCUUAUUGCAACACGAGAUUGUUGCUGUUGAGUUUGGUAUAUCCAAGAGAGGAAAACGUGUAGGGAUAUUAGUUGGUAGACCCGAAUCUGCUAAAAUCAGAAACUUAUCAUCGUUUGGUGGCCAUUUCAAUGGAGAGACGAAAUGGAAUUGUUGGAUUGAUUACGAGGCGAGCUCAAAGAGAAUAGAGGUUCGUUUGACUCCAUCUGCUGCCUCCAAGCCGACCGAUCCAUUCGUCUCUUACGCAGUAGACUUGGCUAAGCUAUGGAAAGAUGGGAAAUUCAUGGUGGGUUUAAUCUCCGCAAAUGGAAACUCUUCCAAGCCACAUUAUCUCCAUUCAUGGAGCUUUAAACUGAGACAUCCCUCGAUGAGGAUCCACUCGCAGCCGCUUGAUCCAAACGCAGUUUCCGAGACUGUGAAAGAGGAGGAGAAGACGGUGGAAGUUAAAGGGAAAAGCAAAUGUAUUUGGAGAAUGCUUGGUGCAUUGGUUUUGGGUGCGGUUUGUGGAACUUUAGGAGCGAUGUUAGCGUUGUACCUUUGGACAGUAUGCGGUAAUAGGCGGUCAAUGGCAGUGGUUCCUGAGGAAUGUGCUAAUGAGAAAUCGGAUAUGGUUGUGAUAAAAGCAGAUGUUGUUGAUGACGAAGGCAAGAAGUAGUUUGGUGUUUUUAGAAUGUUGUAUUUGUCUGUGUGUUUGUAAUGUAAAUUCUUGUGUUGUCCUUCUUCUUCUUCUGUUUGUUUUUUUUGUUAGUUGCAGGUUUGGUGAGAUGAGUUUUCACAUGUAGAAUCUUACAAUAUGUAUUAAUUAAGAUCUUGAAAUCUUGAUCAAUUCAAUGCAAUUGUCUUUUUUCUU